AAUUUCCCCUGACUCUCGCGCAAAACUGUAUUUCCCUCCACACAAUUUUCUCAUUUAAAACACUUCCUCCUUAAUAUCUGUGUACUGAAAGGUAUUAAGUCCUAUAUUAUUAAUACAAAUUUUUUUAUUAAUGUUACAAAUACUUUAACAAUAUAUUUCCUCCAUUUCUUAAAGCAGCCUGUCUGCUAUUUUUCCUUUUGAAAUCUGAAAAUUGUCCAUUAUUAUUUAUUUAAAAAAUUAGUUCGGACUUUUAUUUUGACAGAAUCGUAUUACUGUGGUUUAUUAUCAAGCGUGUGUUAAACCCACAGGGCUCAAACAUGGUCUGCUUUGAGGUUCUUUCUAAUAAACGUGUUGUCACAAACCAUAAAACGUGGACCUGUAACUAACCCAUCAAAGAAAACAUUGUCCGUGUUUUAUGAGAAAUUAGCGCUAUCCUGUACUGUCAGAUUCUCAUGUAGCGCUUUACCGUUACCGGCGUGUCCUCUUUUGUAUCUCCAUGGAAACAAACACAGCAUACUGGCAAUGCUGCUUUCUAGCCAAGCUAACACCUCCUCGCUAACGCGUCCAUGGGGAUACACUGAGGAUAAAGUUUGUAAGAAGCUAGCAACGUGAUUAUUUCAUGUUAUUAAAAUAUUCGGUCAAUGACAGCGAACACGCUCGUGCAGCGGUUAAUCAGCGACCUAACUAGAUUAGUUAAACGCGCUAGCUAAGUUAGUUCAACAGUUCAGCUAGCUCACGAAGUGACUAUCUAAAACUAUAACAGUUAUCUAAACUAAACUAAAGCACAACGACGCGACUGACUUACGACAUUCUGUGUUAGCAUAGUGAAUAUUCAUAACGGAAACAGCUCAUUGAAGUGGACUAUGUUGUGAAAGCGAGCUCAUUUGGAUAGCUAGCUAGCUAACGAUACUACACCGAAACCUAGCAACCAUUCGGCUGUUUUAACUGGCCAACAUGAAGCGGAUAAGAGGUUCACACAGAGCCUCGUCUGUGGAGAGACUGAAAGUUUCCAGCAGACGGUUGAGUUCAGCUUCUUCUUCUCCUCCUCCUCCUCCUCCCCCUGGCCACAGCCUGAGUCUCACAGCAGCGAGUGAAGAUGCAGCUGAACUCAGUGAUGACGAUGAAACAAAAUGCACAGGAACACGGUACAUCACAGAAGACUUAAUUAAGAAGUUGACCAGGCAAGAUAAUUUAUCUCUUGUGCGCUCCUUGAAUCUGUCCACUACUCAUGGAGAUAAAACCUUCAGGUACAUCGAGAACUUGGACAAGUGUGACCAUCUUCAAGUUCUCAAUCUUAGUAACAACAUCAUUGAAAAAAUGGAGAAAUUGGAGAGGCUUCAUCAGUUGCGAGAGCUGCACCUUUCCAAUAACAGAAUAAGGAAAAUAGAAGGCCUCGAGCAAAUGGCAAAUCUACAGAUUCUGAAUCUGGCCAACAACAGCAUUGAACAAGUUCCGCUGUGGGUUGGGAAAAAGCUCAGAUCCCUUCAGAAGCUAAACCUUCAGAAAAACAAGAUCUUUUCACUUCAUGAGCUCGCCAAAUUGAAGCUUCUAAAAAGUCUAACUGAGCUGAUGUUAGCAGAGAACCCUGUCUCUGACCUUCCCCACUACCGCCUCUUCGUAGUCUUCCACCUGAGAUCACUGGACGUUCUGGAUGGGCAGCCAAUCAGCGAGCAGGAGAGAGAAAAAGCAGAUCAGCGCUUUCACACUGAGGAGGUGGAACGUUUGGAGCAAGAGCUGGAAGAAAAAGGAGCAGAGAUAGAGCGACUGCAGGAGGAGAAAGCUGUAGCAUUAAAGGAGUUGGAACAUCAAGAGAAGCUCCAGCAGAGCCUGAGGCAGCAAAGCCAGGAACAACAGUGGCAACAGGAACAGCUUGAAAUGGAGCUGGACACCAAGUCCGAACUGCUAAAACAGAAGACCACAGAGCUGACCUGGGCCUGCCAGAAGCAGUAUGAGCUUGAGCAAGAGCUGGCUUUUCAUAAGAUAGAUGCUAAGUUUGAUCCACUUCCAUUUUAUCCUAACCAUGACCAGGAGGGGGAUGUGCUGGGUGAGAGUCCGUACAUUGGAAAAGCCCGUCACAAAAGGAACACGUUUCCAUCGGACAGCAUAGAUACAGCGGACAGGCAUCUGGCCACAGGGGGUCUCGUGCAUACAGACAGAUUAGAGGAGGAUGAGUCUAGGCAGGACUUGGCAAGAGCAGAGGCGCGGCUACAGCAGCUGCAUACAGAGAUGGAGUAUAAAGAGCGACAGAUCCUGAGAGCCAGCGAGGAGCUGCAACAACUAGAAGAGGCAGCAUCUCAAAAACGAAUUUCAGAAGCAGAGAAAGACCAUCUUAGACAGGAGCUGCACAUGAAGAUCCAGAAGCUGUAUGAGAUGCGGCAGGAGGCAGAGACCCUGGAGAAGCAGCUGGACAGGCAGAGUUCUGAGCUCAGUGAGGCUCAAGGGGAGCUGGACCAGCUCCAGAGCUUAAUGCACACUUUGAAGCCAGAAGACCUCAGACACGUUCAUGUGAAGGCUCAGUUGGCCAGUAAGAGUCAGCUGUUGUUAAUCAUGAGUAAGAAACAGCACGAGUUGGAAGGACGGCUAGAUGACAUGCUCAGUCGCAUUGCGAAGGAGACACAAGAAAUCAAAGAUCUAGAACAAGAGCUUACUGAGGGUCAGAUAGCAGCUAAUGAAGCAUUGAAGAAGGAUCUAGAGGGCAUAAUUUCCGGACUACAGGACUACCUGCAUGGAGUGAAGGAUCAGGCUCGACAGGCCCAAUCUGACUGUAUGCGCCUGCAGAAGGAGAAAGACACUCUCCAGCAGCUCCUCUGGGAAAAAGAUCAACAGCUCAGCCAACUGCAACAAGUAGCCCAGAUCUGUGAAAACACAAAGGAGGAGUUGUUGCAGCACCAAGAAGAGUUGCAGGCUCUGCGGAGGGAGAACGUAGAACUGAGGGAGGCUCAAGGUCAGGUCAGUGACUAUGAAGCUGAAUUGGAGGCUCAACUGCAAGAGAGAGACUCUGAGGCCAGCCACCUGAAGGAGGAGCUGAAUCGAAUGCAUCGGCUCAGUCAGCUAGAGCAAUCUGCACUGCAAGCGGAACUGCAGAAGGAGAGACAGGCUAAGGAGAACGCACUGGCUCAGCUGCAGCUAGCUGCAGAGAGAGAGCUGGAGAACACUGAACUCCUGCAACAACUCGACACUCUGCAGAGGGAGAAAAGUAAUCUAAUGGAGAAGGUCAAAGUCUUACAAAAAGACUUGCAGCAGAUCAAGAGGGAGCUGCUGUGCCCAAAACAAGUGGCCAAGAGUUUGCAGGGGCUGAAGAGAAUCAUUGCCACAGGAUCAGGGGAGCUAAGCAGAGUGAAUGGUGAUGGAGGUGUGCUGAGUGAAAGCUUGGCUGAACUGCAGGAAGAGCUGCAUCGCACAGUUUCUGCUGCUUUGAGAGACCGAGAUGAGGCCCAGAGUGCUCAGGAUAGGCUGGCACGUGAGCGGAACAUUCUUAGAAACAGGCUUACACACUAUCAGCAGAAAUACCAGAGUGCAUAUGAAGAGGCUGAACAGGCCAGGGCAGCAGAGAGGUUUGAGGAGGAGGCUGAGCUGCUCCAGAUGAGGGCAGAGCUGCAGGAGGCACAGGAGCAGCAGUACCUGACACUGCAGCAUCUGCAAGAAGCCAAGAGUGAGAGAGAUCGUCUACUGUUGGAGAAGCAAGACAAACAGGUAAAGGCUGAGGAGACUCUAACACAAGAACAGCUACAGUCCUUGGAGCUGGAGUUAAGAGAGCUUAGGAGAUCCUUCACUAUGGCUGAUCAACUGACUGCCGAGCAGCUGAACGCUACCACGGACCAGCUUCGCUCGCUCCACAGCACAGUUCAGAGAAUCAGUGAGGAAAGAGCAGAGGAUGCAGAGGAGCUAGAAGAAUCCAGGAUGCAGGCUGCUCAAGCCAUGCAAGAUCUAACAAAGGCAGAGGAAGAAAUACAGGUUCUGCAGAAGCUGCUUCAAGACGGGGUUCAUCUAUCAGACACAGAUAGCCUCAGUGCCCUACACCCCAGUAUUCAACAGCAGGAGUUAGCCAGAAUGAAUCGAGUUUUGAAAAGGCAGCAGGUUCAGACCAAACGGCUUCGAGAUCAGCUGGCUCAGGCGCUAGAAGAUAACAAUGGAAACCUGGAGGAGCUGAUUGAGGAAAUAGAAACCCUUAGAGAUAGUCUGCUGCAGCAGAGCAGUUACCUGUCCAGGUUUGGGCAUACUCCACACAGUGGUGGAUGCUGGUACUAUGUACCAGUAGACCAAAAUCACCCCAGUAUUGGUUCUCAGGCUACACAGGACUCUGGCCUAGGUUCUCAGUAUGUCCCAUCACCUGACAGAGGCAAACAUAUUAGAAGCCAGCAGCACAAAGAGAGAAGACCCUCCUCCAGCUCAGGAUACUGGGUUUAUUCCCCCCACCCACAUGACCAACGCACUUAUGGGAAAAGAGAGUCUUCAUACAGAAACAGCGAUGGUGAGAGUGACGAGAAUGGUGUUGGAGAAACUAAUUUCACCCCCCCACCUGGCUCAAUUAUCUACACCAUGCCCCCUGAUGGCAUCCAUCUUCCCCCAGGCAUGGUUAUCUAUGCCCCUCCUGUACCAGGCCUGGCCAUAGGCCCUGGUGCAGUGUUUUAUGGCCCUCCACCUGAAGGGCUCAGGCUGGUUUAUGGUCCUCCUCCCAGUGGUCUACAUAUCCCUCUAAUUCCUAAUGGCACUCUACACUGCAAUGUGCCUGGCCAUCAGGAUAUGACACACUGUUCAAGAGUGGCAGACCAUUCUUUAAGGGGGCAGCAGUCCGAUAGAGUGGAAAGUGAGCGGGAACUGCUCAGGUUGGAGGAGCAGAGAUCAGAGUUGCAGAUAGAGCUUAAAGAGUUGCGGGAAGCUGUGAGCCGACUUCAGCGCCACAAGAGGCUGUUGGAGAGUUCAGUGAACCGUGCAGAAGAGGACUCUGUAAAGGAUGAGGUGGAAAGUCUGCAGAGAACUGUUUUCAAAUGCAGGACUGAGCUACAAGAGGUAGAGCGCCUGCUGUCAGAGGCUGAAGCGGACUUGAAAGAUACCAGAGCAAAGACCAAAGACACUCUGCAGCGCUACAGUGAAGCUGAGAGCCAGUUAAAAGAGACAGAAUGUGAGCUCGAGGAGAUUAAACAGCGAAACCAGGAUAGCACCAGACAACUAGUACACACCAAACAACAGCUCCGGGACCUUCAGGAAGAGGUAAAGGAUCAACAAAGACGUAAGCAGGAUCAGGAGAACACACUAAAACAGGUGGAAAAAGUGAUUGCAGCUCGAGAUGCAGAGUUUCAAGAAGUCAACAGAAAUCUGAAGAGAGUAACCAAUAAAAUGGAGGACAUGCAGAAAGAGCUGAGAGAGAGACAGAGCCAGGAAGCAAAUCUUUUUAUGGGCUGCAGGAACUCUGAGGAUUAUCUACACACUCGCAGAACAGAGUUAGAGCAUCUAAACACCCAGGUGCUCCAGCAGAAGGAACAGCUGUCUUUGUUGGGGCGGAAGCUAGAGCAGUGGCGGGAAGAGGAGGACAUUGUGAGGACGAAUGUGGAAAAGCACAGGCAGAGCCUGGUGGAGGUGCUGAGGCAGGGAGAAGUCGACGCACACAGUCUGCAGCAACACAUUAAGGAACUGCGUGUGGAUGUGCAGUCUCUAGCUGUGCAGAAGGGGGAACUGGAUUCCCAGCUCUCAGAGAGGAGACGGAGACUGGCUAAGUAUAAAAAGGAGGAGAAGAAAGUUCAAGAGAAAGUGCAGAACCAGCGUGCAUUCAUCAACAAGCACAAAGCAGAGCUGAAGCAUGUCCUGGACAUGAUCCAAUUGGAGAAUGUAGAGCUAGAGAGAGUGAAGGUUCAGCACAACCAGAAACUGGACCAGCUGGAGAAGAGCCAGGAGACUUUGCUACAGAUGCGUCUGGAAGUGCAGGAGGUGGAGAAGGAGCUGCAGGAGCAGCAGGCUGAGCAGGAGAGGCACAGAAGGCUGCAGGAGCAGGAUAUCCUCACAUUGAAAGAGCAGACUAAUGCCGCAGCCAUAGAGAGGAGCAGCCUGCUAGAGCAGUGCACCAGCCUGGAGGCCCGCCGCUCACAUGCUCAGAGAUGUCAGGAAACUGCAGAGGAGGGGGUGCGGAAAACAGAGGCAGAGUUGCUGAAACUGCAGGCAGAGCUGGCCAGGCUGAAGCAGGAGCACAGACAUGCCCAGAGUAUUCGAGAAGACCUCACCAGAGAUGCUGCCACAACCCAGAAACAACUAGAAGAGAAAUCUAAGGAUCUGAAUAAACUAAAGGAAGAUGUUGCACACUCAACAAUUCAGCUAGAGAAAAUUAGAAAGGAGGUAGAAGAUGCUCGGCAAGAGCAGGAUGACUUUAUGAAGCAGCAGCAGCACCAGAAGGCUGUGAUGCAGGACAAAAUCCAGAGGAGACAACAGAGAAUAGACAAACUGGAGCAGCAGCUGAAGGAGAUUGAGGCAUCUGUGGAAAAGAAAGAGAUGCAAUUUGAGCGACAGGAGGAGCGCCUGAUGAUCCAACAGCAGCAGAGUUUAGAGUUGGAGGAGCUACAGAGACAGCAACAGAAGAAGUUGCAGUCCCAGCUGCAGGCACUAGAGGAAGCUCUGUCAAAGCGAGUGGAGAAGAUGGAGCAGGUCACAGUUGCUGUGGAGGUGCUGGAAGAGCAGCGACGCUUCUUGUUGGCAGAUCAGCAGCAGUGUGCUUUACUGCAGGACAGAGUAGCACAGCUGGAGCAAGACCUGGCUGAGAGUGAGGCUAGGCUAUGUGCCAGCACAGAGGAGCAAAGAGAAGCAAAGGAGGAACUUGAGACAUGCCGCUCUGACAUCCAGAUUCUUCAAGGAACUCUAACCAGCGAGAGGGAGCAUGCAGAGGCCCUGAUAAGCCGCAGUCUAACUGACACUCAGCAGGCUGAGCUAUGGAGUUGGGGAGAGGGGGAGAGUGACAUGCAAGAGAUUAAGGACACUGUGCGUUCCCUGAGGGCUGAAGUCCAGGCAGAACUGGACAGUGGUUUGAAAGAGCUGGAGUUGCAGCCCAUGACCACUUCAGACAUGGACAAUGAUGAGGAGAACCACACAUCAGCUACACUGAGUAUGGGAAAAGCAGCCUACAGCACCAGAGAUGAGCAGUGGCGAGGAGAAGUGCUGAGAGAGAAGCUGAAGCAACAUGAAGAUAAUCUGAAGGCACAGCUUCGCAGAUCCAUGUUCUCUCAGCAGGAGGCACUGAGUCUGCGCAGGCAGCAGACCGAGGGAAGCAUCCAGGGCCUGCGCAGACGAGUCGACCAGCUGGACCAGCUACUGACCAAGUCUGGCCAUGAUUUCCCUUACCUGAGUGACUCCAAAUAUGUGUGUGUAAGUGAAAGCUGGAGAUAUGGAAUCUUCCCGAAUCCAGGCACUUUCUAUUCUGCUGAUAAAAAGUGAAAAGAAAAAUCAGACACUGAGAGGUGGUGGCAGGAGAGGGACAGACAGCGCUCCUUAAGUCCGAUUAGGCUGGACCCCACCAUUCCUGAGAAAGACCAAACACACAUGCUGAGCCAAGUGCAUUAAAGCCAAAACCUUCACUCUGGUUGGUACUGAAGCCAAGUCCCUGCGUGAAGGAGAUUCCCAGCUGUCAGCCUACAGAAAUGAUGUUGUGUCUAGGCGCGUCUGUGAGUACAUGAGGAGGGUAAAUCUGAAGGUGCAAAUAUUCUGGAUUUAUUUAGGUUUACUACCUCAGAGCCAAAAACAGUCAUUGUUCCUUUUUUUGCUUGAGUGUGAAGUUUAUACGAUUUUGUAAAUAAUUUUUUUUUUUAAUCAUUUUUGAUAAAACAAUGUGCCUCAUACACAGUGAUGUGAAAAAGUAUUUGCCCCAUCCUGAUUUCUUCUGUUUUUGUGUAUAUCUCAUACUAAAUAGUUUUAAAUCUUCAAACGAAAUACAACAUAAAACAAAGGCAACCUGAGUAAACACACAAUACAGUUUUUAUUUAUUUAUUUUUGUUGUUGAAGCAAAAAAAAUCCAACACCUAUCACUCAUGCGAAAACUUUGCCCCUUUAAACUUAAAAUCUGGUUGUGCCACCUUUAGCAGCAAUAACUGCAACCAAACGCUUUCGAUAACUGGAGAUCAGUCUUUCACAGUGCUGUGAUGGAAUUUUGGCACACUAUACUUUGCAGAACCGCUUUAGUUUGGGUCCUGCCUCCGCCUCUCACCUGGUUCAAGUCAGGACUUUGAUUAGGCCACUCCAAAACUUUAAUUUAGCUUUUUUUUAAGCAUUAAGAGAUGGAUUUACUCCUAAGCUUUGGAGCAUUGUCUUGCAGUUGAGUUUUUGAACUGACUGAAGACCGAACAUUCUCCUUUAGGAUUUUCAGAUAGAGAGCAGAAUUCAUGUUUCCCUCAAUUAUUACAAGUUGCCCAGGCCCUGAAGCAGCAAAGCAUCCCCACGCCAUCACACUCCCACCACCAUGCUUAAUCGUAGGUAUGAUGUUCUUUUUGUGGAAUUCUGUGUUUGGUUUACUCCAGAUGUAACUGGACCCCUGUCUUCCAAACAGUUCCACUUUCCAAUCAUCAAUCCACAGAACAAUCAAUCCAUUCUCCCAAAAGGUUUGAGGAUCAUCAAGGUGUGUUUUGGCAAAAUUCAGAUGAGCCUUAAUGUUGUUCUGGGUUAGCAGUGGUUUUCACCUCACCACUCUUUCAUGGAUGCCAUUUUUGCCCAGUGUCUCUCUGAUAGUGGAGUCAUGAACAGUGAGAUGCAAGAGAGGCCUGUAGUUCCUUUGACGUUGUCCUUGACUCUUUUGUGACUUGCUGGAUGAGUCGUCACUGUCCGCUUGGAGGAAUUUUGGAAGGCCACUUCUGAGAAGGUUCACUACUAUCCUGAAUUUUUCCAUUUGGAGAUAACGGCUCUCACUGUGGUUCUUCGGAGUUCUAGAGGACCUUUUUUUCAACUUUGGCAUAAUGUGUUACCGUGUAAGACCUUUUUACUAACUUCCUGCUGUUGACAAAAGUUCUAUUUAAGUGUUGAUGUGAUAGAACAGGGUUUGCAGUAAUCAGGCCUGGUUGUGUCUUGUCCAGCUGAACCCCAUUCUGAAUGCAAUUUCAUAGAUUUGGGGAAUUAGUAACUACAGGGGCAAAUAAAUUUUCACACAGGCCCAGUAGGUAUUGGAUCACUUAUACUUCAAUAACUAGCAUUAUCACUUAAAAACUUUAUUUUGUGUUUGCUCUGGUUGCCUUUGUUUUAUUUUUGAUUUUGUUUUAAUUUCUGAAGCUAUUUAGUAUGAGACAUACACAAAAACAGAAGAAAUCAGGAUGGGGCAAAUACUUUUUCACAGCACUGUAUCACUGUGGUAUAUGCGAAUGGAUUGAAUCUAUAAUGUACAUUCAGUAUUGAGCCAUGACUGGAGAUGUAAUGCCUUUUUACUAUUUCAUACACGCCUAUGAAAGUCCACUCCUUUUACCACACAGUAAAAUAUUUAUUACAGCACUUAAUUUUAUAUGCAUAAUUGUUACUUAAAUGACACGUGUGCAAUAAAAUAUUGGUUAUUUAAA